AUGAAUGGUAGUAAGCUUUAUAUUAAUGGCUCUGGUGUCCAAAAGGAAGGUCACUAUAUAGAUGCAGAAGAAAAGACUAUGACACCAGUAACUAGUCCCCAUGUCCAUGCAGUAGAUUCAAUGCAUUUGAUUGGAGGAGCACUGCAUGUGCUGCACCUGUGCUUCUUUGUGAGAAACAUUGGAUUUUGUGAGAAGUCGGAAGACAUCAGCAUGCUAGCUGAUGAAAAAGGCAGCAGAGCGUCAGACUGCAACGAUGGUGUCUCAGCUCAGAAAACAAG